AUGGGUACAGUUCGCCUUAUCGGCGGGGCUAGCGGAAGCUCUGAUCCCGAAGAGCAAGGGGGUAAGCAUAUUCCGCUUCCCGGGCGGGCCGAGUACUCUCAAUCUCAAAGAAGAUACUACUGGACUGACUGUCGGCUGAUAUACAAUCGAUAUCGCGAGAUACGCAAUUAUGGCGGUAAAGCUCCGCCGGCACUUGAACCAGAAGCUUCAAAGGAAUGCGGGAAAGAUGUCUGUUCUCAGUCCCCUUCAAUAUUUUCUAGAGUCACCUUCCUCGUUCUACAGUCCGUUGUAGUGAUCACAUCAUACUACUAUAGGCAACGCUUCUCAGCAACAAUGAAUUCAGCCGAGGCCGAUGUUUGCCAAAUCCAACGCCGCCGUGUGCUCGAGAUGUGGUUCUUUGCGAGUUUUCACUUGCUGGCAGGAGGCAUCAGUGAUGGAGCGUGGACUCUUACAGAUAGCCUCGGUCAACAUAGCAUCUGGUACCGUCUCCUGGCAAUCAAAGCAAACCGCCCAUCACGCGAUACACCAUGCUCGGGGCCAUGUACCGGAGACCCGUCAACAGCCGAAGUAAUCCCACCUCUCAUCGUUGCCGCAGUAGCAUCAGGGAAGCUGAGCCUCCGAGCCGUCUCACUACGACCUGGCGAAGGAAAAUGGCAGAACAGCCAAGAGCCCGUAGACGUGGUUCCCUCAUCAUCUUCAUCCUUCUUCCGAGUCAGCUCCUGCUCCGAAUAUACGCUCGUCUCCUCUGACCAGACGCAACCUAACGGAUCCGACGCCAUGAAGUUCUUCACCGCCGCCGCCGUCCUCUCGGCAGCCGUAUCGGAAGUCUCUGGGCACUACAUUUUCCAGCAGCUAUCCGUGGGGUCCACAAAGUACGACGUCUUCCAGCACAUCCGGAAGAACACCAACUACAACUCCCCCGUUACUGACCUCGCCUCGAACGAUUUGCGAUGCAACGUCGGCGGUGCCAGCGGCGCCCAGACUACGGUGGUCAACGUGAAGCCCGGUGACGCCUUCACCUUCACCCUCGACACGGCCGUCUACCACCAGGGUCCCAUCUCGCUCUUCCUGUCCAAAGCGCCCUCUCACGUCCAAGACUACGACGGGUCCGGAAAAUGGGCCAAGUUCAAAGACUUCCUCCCGACCUUUAGCAACGGCCAGGCAACUUGGCCAAUGAGACAAACCUACGAGUACAAGAUCCCGACGUGCCUUCCCAACGGCGAGUACCUCCUGCGCGUCCACCAGCUGGGCAUCCACAACCCCUACCCGGCCGGCAUCCCGCAGUUCUACAUCUCGUGCGCGCAGAUCAACGUCACGGGCUCGACCGCCUCCGCGAGCUCGUUUGCGCCGACUCUGAGUAUUCCUGGUGCUUUCAAGGAUACUGACCCCGGGUAUACUGUCAACAUCUACCAGCCUGGGUUCACGUCGUAUGUGGCCCCUGGUGGUGCGGAGUGGACAUGCUGA